AUGAUUUGCAUACUGUUUGCUCUGAUCGGGACCUGUCUGGCUCAGCAUUGUUGGAAAGAUGUUGAGUGUACAGGACCUUUAUCCGCCGCCUUCCCCGGACCGUGGGAAUCCAACAUCUUCUCCCCGAGUCUGCGGACAGUGCAGCCCAAAACUGUCCUCACUCUACCUGAUGGGAAAGCCUUGAUGGAGUACGGAUCCAACCUCAAUCUGAACAAGACAACCCCAGCUUUUGUUUUCGACUUUGGAAUUGAGGUUGGUGGUCUUGUUUCAGUGGACUAUACCGCAACUGGGGCUCCAACCCAACUUGGGCUUGCCUUUUCAGAGGCAAAGGACCAUAUUGGUAUAGAGUCUGAUAGUUCUCGGGGAGGCAGAUGGGUUGAUAGUGCUAUCUUUGCUAAUGCCUCGGGUAAUGAAACAUAUACGAUGCCCGAUGCAAAGCUGCGCGGCGGUUUCCGCUAUCUUACGGUGUUCCUCGACUCUCCCGACUCGGACUCAGCUGUCACCCUCAAGAAUAUCACUGUUGAGAUAUCCUUCCAGCCCACUUGGAGUAAUCUUCGAGCUUACCAAGGCUACUUUGACUCAUCAGACAAUCUCCUCAAUAAGAUCUGGUAUGCUGGCGCCUGGACGUUGCAAUCAAACUCGAUAGCCGGAAACAGUGGUAUGAGGACACCACGGGGUGAUGGAUGGGACAACAUUGAGCAGAUCAGCACUGAGGAUACAGUUCUCGUUGAUGGGGCAAAACGAGACCGACUAAUCUGGAACGGGGACAUGGGCACAGCCGUGCCAAGUGCCUUUGUGAGCACGGGUGACUUGCAAAGUGCCAAAAAUGCAAUCACUGUUAUAUUCGAAAACCAGGCUGAAAAUGGCCAAUUCCCAAAGGCCGGGCCUCCGAAUGCGAUUUUGAAGAGUGAUACGUAUCACCUCUGGCACUUAGUCGGCACCUACAAUUACCUCCUCUACUCGGGAGAUACAGAGUUUGUUGCAAAAUACUGGCCUCGUUUCGCAAAAGGACUUAAUCGCACUCUUAGUCUGCUGUCCUCCUCCGGGAUAGUAAACGUCACGGGUGAUCAGGACUGGGGGAGGUUCACAUAUGGCACCGAGCGUGCCUCGGCUAGCAUGCUACUCUACCGAGCACUGACAGGAGGCGCGGACAUCGCAACUUGGCUUCCAGAGUCUGUACAAUCCGCACAAUUGGCCCCGUUAUACCUUGAGCAGGCAGCAAAUUUGAAGAAAGCAAUUAUGACUCAACUCUGGAACGAGGAAGUCGGUGCUUUUAGGGACAGUCCAGGCUCUAGUCUUUACCCACAGGACGCCAACAGCCUAGCCGUUGCCUAUGGUAUUAUUAACCCAGACAGUGAAGAAGCCCAACGAAUAUCAGACUACCUUGUUUCCAACUGGACACCUAUUGGACCCUCAUGCCCCGAACUCCCUGGUAAUAUCUCUCCAUUCAUCUCGAGCAUUGAAUUGGAUAGCCACUUCCGGGCGCGCAGGCCCGACCGGGCGCUAGACCUUAUCAAGAACCUUUGGGGGUGGUACCUGAGCCAUGAAAACGGCACACAGUCUACCAUAGUUGAGGGGUUUACUACUAAUGGGACGUGGGAGUAUCGUCGACAAAGGGGUUAUACAAAGGGCUCGCCAUAUCUAUCUCAUUCACAUGGUUGGAGCACGGGGCCAACUUCUACAUUAACAGAGCAUAUGCUAGGGUUACGGGUGACAAAGCCAGCAGGUGAAGAAUGGCUGCUUCAGCCAGCAAGCUUUACCGAGCUUGACUCGUUCCAGGGUGGAUUCGUCACAACCAGAGGACGGUUUUCGGCCAAGGUCAGGGUUGGUAAGAGAUAUGUGAGGGUCGAAUGGAAUACGCCGAAGGGGACAAGAGGGUUAAUUGAUUUACCUGGGCAGGAGUCUUUCUGGGUGAGUGGGGGGAAAGGGAGGAAGAAUUUUACGCGGUAG